AUGUCAGAACCAAAGUUCACAAUAGAAGAAAUCGAUCCUAGGGCUGAUGCCCUUCUGGGUCUGGACUCCCUAUUCCUUCAAGAUAAUACAGCAUUGGUGCAGGCAUAUCAUGGUAUGGAAUGGUCAGAUAUUUCCUCAUUGACCCAAAUGGUGGAUACUAUAGAACAAACAGUAGUGAAAUAUGGCGAUCCAAACGAUUCAAUCAAAGUGGCUUUGGAAACUAUUCUUUGGCAAAUACUGCGUAAGUAUCCUUUAUUGUUCGGAUUUUGGAAGAGGUUUGCCACUAUUGAAUACCAGUUGUUUGGUCUCAAGAAAUCAAUUGAUAUUCUUGCUACUUCCGUCAAAUGGUUCCCAACUUCUCUAGAGUUGUGGUGCGAUUAUUUGAAUGUGUUGUGUGUGAAUAACCCUAACGAAAGGGAUUUUAUUAGAAACAAUUUCCAAAUCGCCAAAAGUCUUAUUGGUGAGCAAUUUCUAUCGCAUACAUUUUGGGAUAAGUUUAUAGAAUUUGAAGUUGGGCAAGAAAAUUGGGAGAAUAUUCAAAGAAUAUACGAGUACAUUAUUGAAAUUCCUUUACAUCAGUAUGCGAGAUUUUUCACAUCAUAUAAGAAGUUUUUAAAUGAAAGGAACUUGAAAUCAACAAGAGAUAUUGAUACAGUCCUAAGAAGAACGCAAACAAUUGUAAAUGAAAUUUGGCAGUUUGAAUCAAAAAUCAAACAACCGUUUUUUAAUUUGGGUCAAGUUUUGAAUGAUGAUUUGGAAUAUUGGCUUCAGUAUUUGAAUUUUGCAACAGAUCCUUCCAAGUCCCUAGAUAAAAAGUUUGUAAUGUCAGUCUUUGACAGAUGCUUGAUUCCUUAUCUUUAUCAUGAAAAAGUAUGGAUAAUGUACAUUAACUGGCUAAAUAAGGCAGAUGUAUCUGACGAAAUGAUAGUGGAUAUCUAUAAAAGAGCCGACACGUUUUUACCUCUCGAUUUUAAAACUCUAAGAUAUGAUUUUCUUAGAUUCUUGAAAAGAAAGUACCGUUUAAAUAAUGUGUUAUUCAACAAGUUAUUCAAUGAAACAAUAUCACAUUUUUUGAAGCUCUGGCCUAAUGAUAUUUCACUUAUGACGGAAUACCUUUGUAUGUGGAAAAGACAUUAUUUCAAGAACUCCUUGGAGCAACCCUCAAAAGAAAUUCUCGAGAAACAAACUUCAUUUACCAAGAUGUUAGAGAUGUCGAUCACUAAUUACAUAAACAAUCAAAUUGACCCCGAGGUACAUUUGCAGACUUUAAUAAAUGACAAAAACUUGAGUAUAGUAGUGGUAGAUCUGAUAAAGACCACAUGGCUUGUACUCAAAAAUAACAUGCAAACUAGAAAGUAUUUCAACCUUUACCAAAAACACUCUAUUAUAAAGAAUUCUGUGCCGUUUUGGCUAACUUACUACAAAUUCGAGAAGAGUAAUGUGAACUUUACUAAGCUGAAUAAAUUCAUUAAAGAGCUUGGCGUGGAAAUUUGUUUACCAACUACAAUAAUGAAUGAUAUUUUGACGGACUACAAGACUUUUUAUUUAACGCAUUCAAACAUCGUUACGUAUGAAGCCUUUACUAUAGAUUCAAACACUUUUGAUCCUAUUUUAUAUCCAGAGUUGAAAAUUUCGAAUCCACAAUACGAACCAACCGUGGAUAUAAAGGCAAAUGCAGAAUGGCAUAAAAGAACGGAGUGGAAGGAGGCUGGUCAUAUCGGGAUAAUGACAGAAAGACCACAGAUAUCGAAUAGUAUAAUUGAAUGCAACUCAAGAAAUUUAAUUCAAAAGCCCAUUAUUUUGCCAAGUUUUAGGAACCUGGAAAAAAUUAACCAGAUUAAGAUUAAUGACCUGUAUACUGAGGAAUUUCUUGAGGAGAGGAAAUUAUAG